GUAAAAUUAAAAAGUAAUAACCCUAAAAAUAAAAUUUUACUGAGGGACAAAAUAGUAAAGGGGAGGUGGAGGGAGAAAGGUGUGGUGGUGGAGGGAGCAAUACCCUUAGAAAAGUUUUCCCCGCAUAUUCAUUUCUAAUUCCCUAAGCCCUAAUUUCCUUCCUCCUAAGCACUUUCAUUUUCUGCUGCCUUCAUCACAAUCUUUCCCUGCUUUGGUGAGUGUUCAUGUUCGUCUGCUUUGUGUCUUCCCCUGCUUGGGCUGAGCAUCAUGGUCGAGGCGGCGAGGUCGAGGCAGCGAGGUCGAGGUGGCGAGGAUUGUGCUGAGGCGAUUUUUAUCACUUUCGUCUCCCUGGCACAACAUCACUAUGCUAUAGGUUUGAGGAUAUUGUAUCAGUUAGUUUUUGAGAUAAAUCAGUCAAAUGGAGAUGUUCUUCAUUCACCAUCUCAAGUUGGAGGAAAUUCUCAUUUACAAGAUGAACAUGAACAAGAUGAAAUUCAGGAUAGUUUGUUGGAAGUUGAACAAGAAAGGCCACCAAUACACAAGGGAGCAUGGUUGGUUGAUAUCAUUGGUAAGACACAAGUUCAACAUAUUAAUGCUUGCAUUAUGUUACUUAUAUCUGCUGAAGUUCUUUGA